AAGAGGUUUUGUUAUGUACUGAGCUGAAUCCUAGAACAAUAGGAUUCAGAAUCAGCGGGAGCUACCCAAUCCAACUCCAGGUGGAAGUGAAUCCGCAACCUGAUUGGCCUGCUGGAGCAGCCAAUCAGGCGGCUGGCAGAAGUGAAUCUGCUACCUGAUUGGCCUGUAGGAGCAGCCAAUCAGGCUGCAGGCAGAAGUCAAUCCACAAUAUAAUUGGCCCACAGGUGUAGCCCUGAAGUAGCCAAUCACGCAAGGCCCAUUGUGUAAAUAAUGUAUAUAAGCAGAUGGUUUUGGGAAAAGAGCCUUUCGUCUUCUCUUCUUCUCCUUGAUGAAUAUGAGCUGAAUAAAGAGCAUGAAAUUCACUCUCGACUCCGAGUAUAUUUCACUGGCGACGAAGGUGGGAUCCUGCUGAGCUGACCGCCACCACGCACUGCACCGCAGCACCGCCACCUGCUGCACCGCUGCAUCGCACCGUGCAUCCAGGCUUCAGCUCCAGGACCCAAGGAACCCAGAAUGGCAACCGACAGCAGCUUCUUGCCAUUCAAACCAGCAUCAGGAGACUGGGAAGGGUACGCCGCCCGUUUCAACUUCCUCCUGCAAGCGAAAGAAGUCACCAACGAUGCCAUGAAGAGGGCGACAUUCUUCAGCGUCUGUGGAGAGGAGACGUUUGAAAUCGCCCGGGCUCUCCUUGCACCUAGAGAUGUCGCUACCGUCUCUUACAAAACAAUAAUGGAACAGCUGAAGGAGCACUUUUCACCACAGCCCUCGGUGGUAGCUUGCCGAAAUGCCUUCUACGCAAAGCGGCAAGCCCCAGGGGAAACCAUAACUGGGUUUGUGACCUCCCUCCGCCAAGCCGCCCGGUUAUGCAACUUCUCAGAGUUGGAGAACAUGCUUCGUGACCGCCUCGUCGGUGGCCUGAGGGACGAGAUGUUGCAACGACGCCUCUACGCCAAAAAAGACCUCACGUUCCAGAUUGCUCUGGAGGAAGCCCUGGCAACCGAAGCCGCCGAGAGGUCAACGCAAGAGGCACGACCGGCCCCGCCAUCCCAACCGAGGGUCUACCACGAAGACCUCACCGACGAAUCCGAAUCUGACAGGGAGGAAGUACACCGAGUACAGCGGCGCACUCAAGCAGCACACACACCACAGCAGCCUCGACGAGAAGGAGGGAACUGUGCAAGCUGCGGGGAGAACCACGAGAGGAGGACCUGUCGUUUCCGCAACGCAGAGUGCAGGCAGUGCAGAAAAUUGGGACACAUCGCCCGGGUGUGUCGGGCUCGACUCACCCGUCGACAAGCAUCAGAUGACCGACCCAGGAGCCCCAGGUCACACGGCACCAUGCACCAAGGCAACUCGACGGAGAUCACGGACUACCAGGUAUUCCAGUUGCCCCAUCCCAGCACAGAGAAAAUUUAUAUAGAGGUACAGAUAGAGGGAGCCCCAUGCCGCAUGGAGCUGGACACGGGUUCAACUCUAUCCAUAAUCUCGGCCCGAACAUUAAGGGAACUGUGCCCUAAUGGGGGUCCCAAACUAAGGCCGGCCCCAUUCACCCUCCGGGACUUCCAGAAACGUAAGGUCCCUACAAUGGGGGUGGGGACCUUCAGGGUGCAAUAUCGAGGGCGAAAGCAACAAUUGGACUUGCUGGUAGUUAAGGGCCCCUACGUUAGCUUACUGGGACUGGCAUGGUUUGGACCUCUGGGGCUAGCCGUUACCGGGGUGAACCGCACUAGCUUACAAGUGGACGUGGACGCCAUAUGCAAAGAGUUUCCAGGGGUUUUCGAUGGGGCAUUGGGACGAUAUACAGGACCCCCCAUUGCCCUACAGCUAGACCCCGCUGUACGACCCAUCAGGCACAAGGCCCGCCGGGUCCCGUUCGCCCUGAAACCCCGCAUAGACGAGGAAUUGGACCGGCUCGUGGAGCAAGGAGUGCUGGAGCCGGUGCCCAACGCCCCCUGGGAAACUCCAAUUGUCACACCCGUCAAGCCUAACGGUUCGGUCCGCAUCUGUGCAGACUACAAAUGCACCAUAAACAAGGCUCUCACGGCCCAUGCAUACCCAGUGCCAGUGGUCAGCCAUGUCCUCGCCACCCUGGCUGGGUCAAAAAUCUUUGGCAAACUGGACUUGGCCCAAGCGUAUCAACAGUUGCCUGUGGACGAAGCCACAGCAGAGGCUCAGACGAUUGUGACGCACAGAGGGGCAUUCAGAGUAAAGCGGCUGCAAUUUGGCGUUAGCGUGGCACCAGGCAUAUUCCAGAAUCUAAUGGACUCUCUCCUUAAAGGGAUUCCUGGCGUCACCCCCUUCUUCGAUGAUGUACUGAUCGCCGGGCCCACACCAGAGGAAUUUGAGGACCGCCUCCGCUCCGUCCUGCACCGUUUCCAGACGGCGGGCCUCAAGGUGAAGCGGGAAAAGUGUUUACUGGGAGUGCCGCAGGUGGACUUUCUGGGAUUUAAGGUGGACGCAGAAGGGGUCCAUCCAACCGGUGACAAGGUACGGGCCAUUUGUGAGGCCCCAGCGCCCAAGAGCAAGCCCGAACUUCAGUCAUUCUUGGGACUAUUGAACUUUUACCAUGCCUUCCUUCCCCAUAAGGCAGCGGUAGCGGAGCCCCUACACAGACUCCUAGAUAAAAGGGCCCCUUGGGUGUGGGGCCAGCGACAAAGGGCCGCAUUCCAGGCAGUCAAGGACUUGCUCGUCUCGAACUCGGUCUUGGCACACUUCGACGAGAGGCUGCCAGUGGUGCUGGCAUGCGACGCCUCUCCCUAUGGCAUCGGCGCUGUCCUGGGACACCAACUCCCGGAUGGAAGAGAGGUGCCGGUGGCAUACUUCUCCCAGACGCUUGCUGCAGCCGAACGAAACUACUCACAGAUUGACAAGGAGGGUCUGGCAAUCGUGAAGGGCGUAAAAAAAUUCCAUGAUUUCUUGUACGGGCGGCCCUUUACCAUAGUGACUGACCACAAGCCGUUGCUUGGCCUGUUUGCCCCCGAGAAGCAGACCCCCCAAGUGUUGUCUCCACGUGUCCUCAGGUGGUCAAUUUUCCUUGCCGGCUACCAGUAUGCACUAAUCCACCGCCCUGGGAAGGCGAUGGGCCACGCAGACGCACUCAGCAGGCUACCACUACCAGAAACAGGCCCCGACCCAGCGCCUGCGCAAGAGGUUAUGACCCUGGAGCUGCUUCCCGACCGACCCAUUCAGGCACAAGAAGUUGCGCACCAUUCCACAAAAGAUAGGGUCAUCUCCCGGGUCCUGGACUGGGUGUGGCGAGGAUGGCCCAGCAGCAGCCCCGGGCCAGAAUUCGCUGGCUACACAAACCGCAAACAUGAACUGUCGGCCCACAAGGGGUGCCUGUUAUGGGGAAGCAGGGUUGUUGUUCCCCAGCCCCUCCGCAAAAGGGUCCUCACAGCCCUACACGAGACACACCCAGGGGUAGUGAGGAUGAAGGCCCUUGCCAGGAGUUAUGUGUGGUGGCCGGGGAUUGACAGAGAGAUAGAGGCCUGGGUCCAACACUGCCAGACCUGCCAAGAAUCCCGCCCGGAUCCCCCAAGGGCCCCAGUCCAGCCCUGGGAGUCCGCCCGACAUCCAUGGUCACGCUUGCAUGUGGACUUCGCUGGCCCCUUCCAGGGAAAAACAUUCUUCAUAGUGGUGGAUUCCUACACCAAAUGGCUGGAGGUCGCACUGGUACCGUCCACUUCUACGGCGGCAGCCAUCCGGGUACUACGUAAGCUGUUUGCAACCCACGGGCUCCCUGACACCCUCGUCUCGGACAAUGGAACCGCAUUCACGUCAGAGGAGUUCCAGACCUUCACAGCGCAGAACGCCAUCCGCCACAUCCGCUCAGCACCAUUCCACCCUGCCACCAAUGGCCAAGCGGAGCGCAUGGUGCGGACCACCAAGGACAGCCUCCGCCGCAUAACACAAGGGGACUGGGAAUACCGCCUUGCCGCAUUUCUUCUAGCACAGCACAGCACCCCAAGCACAACGACGGGCCGGAGCCCAGCUGAACUACUCAUGGGCCGGCGCCUUGCAACUAGACUGGACCGACUUCACCCCGACAGAGCUCAGGAUGAGGUAGUGGUGGGGAAAGGCAGGAACCCCCGGACAUUUGUGGCCCAGGACCCAGUGUAUGCAAAGAAUUUUGGGGCAGGCCCAGCAUGGGUACCCGCCACAGUCACCAAGGUGACCGGUCCCGUGUCGUACGAGGUACUAACGGAAGGGGGGCAAUGUUGGCGCCGCCACUGCGACCAGCUACGGCGACGAUUCCCAGGAGGAACCCGGGAGGAGAGCGGGACAGAGGGGUCCCAAGGGGACAGCAGGGCAGUGAGGCCUGUAGAGCGAGAGGGGUGGGCAGGGGAAGCAGAAGCAGUAGGCACAGAGGGGCGCCCCGAGGCUGGAAGGACACCGGAACCAGAGUCACAACCUAGUGGUUCAGUGGCGCCAGACCAGACAGCCCCGGCACAGCCAGCAGCCUCGGAACACGAGCCAGAACCAGAACCCCUGACCAAGGAACACCCCAGGCCACAACGCACACGGAGGCGGCCAGCAGACCUUGGGGACUACGAAUGCAACUUCCCGGGCAGGACUGGAACUUAGAGGGGAGGGGUGUUAUGUACUGAGCUGAAUCCUAGAACAAUAGGAUUCAGAAUCAGCGGGAGCUACCCAAUCCAACUCCAGGUGGAAGUGAAUCCGCAACCUGAUUGGCCUGCUGGAGCAGCCAAUCAGGCGGCUGGCAGAAGUGAAUCUGCUACCUGAUUGGCCUGUAGGAGCAGCCAAUCAGGCUGCAGGCAGAAGUCAAUCCACAAUAUAAUUGGCCCACAGGUGUAGCCCUGAAGUAGCCAAUCACGCAAGGCCCAUUGUGUAAAUAAUGUAUAUAAGCAGAUGGUUUUGGGAAAAGAGCCUUUCGUCUUCUCUUCUUCUCCUUGAUGAAUAUGAGCUGAAUAAAGAGCAUGAAAUUCACUCUCGACUCCGA